GCUAUGUCCCAGGGGGCUCAAGAAGAUGAGACGCAGAGAGCUACCAAAACCUAGAAACUCAGCAGUGGCCAGGUUGUCUGUGGGGUACCCCUGAGGAGCAGAGAGAAAGGAACAGCUGAACUUUGCUUUGGAGCCUGAGAAAGCAGCCCAAGAAAGGUGUGAAUGAGGCAGGAUGAACUGGACAGGUUUGUACACCUUGCUCAGUGGCGUGAACCGGCACUCUACUGCCAUUGGCCGAGUGUGGCUCUCGGUCAUCUUCAUCUUCAGAAUCAUGGUGCUGGUGGUGGCUGCGGAGAGUGUGUGGGGUGACGAGAAGUCUUCCUUCAUCUGCAACACCCUCCAGCCCGGCUGCAACAGCGUCUGCUAUGAUCACUUUUUCCCCAUUUCCCAUGUGCGUCUCUGGUCUCUGCAGCUCAUUUUGGUUUCCACCCCAGCUCUCCUGGUAGCCAUGCAUGUGGCUCACCAGCAGCACAUAGAAAAGAAAAUGCUGCGACUUGAGGGCCAUGGGGACCCCCUUCACCUGGAGGAGGUGAAGAGGCACAAGGUCCACAUCUCAGGGACACUGUGGUGGACCUAUGUCAUCAGUGUGGUCUUCCGGCUGCUGUUCGAGGCUGCCUUUAUGUAUGUCUUUUAUCUGCUCUACCCGGGCUAUGCCAUGGUGCGGCUUGUCAAGUGUGACGCCUACCCCUGCCCCAACACGGUAGACUGCUUCGUGUCCCGCCCCACUGAGAAAACUGUCUUCACGGUCUUUAUGCUGGCCGCCUCAGGCAUCUGCAUCAUUCUCAACGUGGCUGAGGUGGUGUACCUCAUCAUCCGGGCCUGUGCCCGCCGAGCCCAGCGCCGCUCCAAUCCGCCCUCCCGCAAGGGCUCGGGCUUCGGCCACCGCCUCUCACCUGAAUACAAGCAGAAUGAGAUCAACAAGCUGCUGAGCGAGCAGGACGGCUCCCUGAAAGACAUACUGCGUCGAAGCCCAGGCAGUGGGGCCGGGCUGGCCGAGAAGAGCGACCGCUGCUCGGCCUGCUGAGGCCACACACCAGGCAACCUCCCAUCCUGCCCGCCCCUGGCCAGGGCCUGGCCCUCCUUCUCCCCUGCCUGCCCACAGGCCUCUGCCUGUGAGGGAUCGCUCCACCCACACCUCCCUUCCCUGCCUCCAUGUCCCUUUCCCCAGAGCUUUCCAUCUGAGGGGCUGAAGGGGCGGGGAGCUGGAGGUCACCCACCCCAGUGCUCAUAGCUGGUGGGGGUGUGGGCAGCUCUUGUUCACUGGACCCCUUCCUCUUCCCAACCCCUCUCCUGGGGACCCUGGGGACAAGAGAUGGGAUGUUCUGACAGCAUCUCCAAUUGUGAAACUAAUCUUAACCCCAUGUUGUCAGAGACCCUAUUUCUGGAGUCACAUCAGUGGGGAGGGAUGUGAGUGAGUGCAGUGGAGGAGGGUGAUGUGAACAAGUGGGUGGAGAAGGGAGGGUAGCGCACACAAGGAGGAAGAAGGGAAAAGGAAGACCUGUCUGAAGCAGGGAACUAGGGAGGGAGAAGCAGGCAGAUAAGUCUGAGUGGGGGGUGGUCAGAGCUGUCUUUGCCUCUAGUCCCCAAGGCCUCUCUCUGCCUGAAAUGUUACACAUUAAACAAAAUUUUAGAGUAAA